AAUAUACAAAAACAAACAAAGUUGAGAGAAUGUUCAACAAUGGCGAUUAAUAAUUCAUUUCCUACAAUAAUAAUUUUUACAAUUAAAUAAAAACAAUAUAUUAAUAAAGGGGAAUUUUUUCUGUAAAAAAAAAAUCACUAUCAUCUUUAUUUUUUAAAUUUCUUUUCCUUCUUAUAUGUUGGCUUCUUUCCCCAACCCCUUCAUUUCCUCUGUCUUUCUCAUUGAAUUCUUCCAUAAUCUGAUAAUUUUCAAUUGAUUCUAUAAAAGGUUUUGUUUAUCUCCCAAAGAUUUCAUCUGGGUUUGUCUUAAAUUUUGAAAUGAUUAUGAAAAUCGUUUAAUGUUCUUGGAUUUUGAUCAAAACAUCAUUAAAUUUUCCAACUUCAACGGUCAUUUCUUCUGUUCUUGUAAAAGGUGUAACAAUGGCGGAAGAAGGAAUGAUGCCAUUUUCUGUAGUUUCGAUUAUUGAAGAUGUUAUUAGACAACAUGGUACACGAUUAAGCGAUGUUAAUUUUGCAUCAAGAAAAGCAGAGGAGGCUUCAUCAAGGCGAUAUGACGCAGCAAGGUGGUUAAGGAAGAUAGUAGGUGUUGUGUGUUCUAAAGAUUUGCCUGCUGAGCCUUCUGAAGAAGAUUUCAGACUUGGGUUGAGGAGUGGAAUAGUCCUUUGUACUGCAAUUAAUAAGGUUCAACCUGGUGCUAUUCCUAAGGUGGUAGAAGCUCCAAAUGAUACGGUAAUCAUCCCUGAUGGCGCGGCUUUAAUGGCCUAUCAAUACUUCGAAAAUGUCAGAAACUUUUUGGUUGCUGUGGAAGAAAUGGGACUUCCUACUUUUGAGGCAUCCGAUUUAGAACAGGGUGGUAAGACAGGAAGGAUAGUGAAUUGUGUACUAGCCUUGAAAUCUUUUAGUGAUUGGAAGGUAGCAGGAGGAAGUGGGGCAUGGAAAUAUUCAGGAAAAACACCUAGUUCUUCUGGCAAGACUAUUGUUAGGAAGAAUUCAGAACCCUUCAUGAAUUCAGUUUCGAGGACUUCAUCUGUAAGCGAGAGGUCGCUGGACAACGAACAGUGUAGUGAUGUUGGUGCUGAUUUUAGUGACAUGAGUAACUACCGCGGCUUAAACAUGAUGAUUCGCACGCUUCUUGUGGAUAAGAAGUUAGAAGAAAUUCCGGUUAUUGUUGAAUCCAUGCUUAAUAAAGUUAUGGAGGAGUUUGAACGCCGCCUUACAAGUCAAUCUGAAACGAUCAAAAAUACACCCGAAACCAUGUCAGUAUCUGGCCAAAAUACGUCUCCUGCUGAGUCUCCUAAGUCGGAUACACAGAAUGAUUAUGACGAUGUUAUCGACAACAUUAAGGAACCAAACCAAGUAGAAGAUAAGCGGGAAAUUCAGCUCGAUAUUCCUUGUGGUGCACUGAAAAGUCACAUAGACAAGCACGGUGAUAUCUUUGAAAGGCAGAGGAGUAGCAUCGAGGAACUGAAACAAACUGUUUUCACUACAAAAGAAAGCAUGAAGUUAAUGCAAAUGAAGUAUCAUGAUGAAUUCAGUAUUUUAGGUAAGCAUCUCUAUAGUCUCGCUCAUGCAGCCUCCGGUUACCAAAGAGUUCUUCAGGAAAACCGUAAAUUGUACAACAUAGUGCAAGACCUAAAGGGGAACAUUAGGGUAUAUUGUCGAGUGCGUCCAUUUCUACCCGGGCAAGCUAAUGGUUUUAGUACUGUUGAUCAUAUUGAAGAUGGAAACAUUACACUAAUGAACCCUGCAAAAUAUAACAAGGAAGGGAAGAAAACGUUCACAUUCAAUAAGGUGUUUGGACCUACUGCAUCACAAGCUGAGGUAUACGCCGACAUGCAACCCCUCGUUCGUUCUUGUCUUGAUGGUUACAAUGUAUGUAUCUUCGCGUAUGGGCAAACAGGAUCAGGAAAAACUUUUACCAUGACAGGACCAAACAAUCUCACAGAGGAAACUUAUGGUGUGAACUACCGCGCAUUGAACGAUUUAUUCUGUCUUACUGAAGAGAGAAAAGACACUUUUAGUUAUGAGGUUUCUGUUCAGAUGAUGGAGAUCUAUAAUGAGCAAGUCCGAGAUCUCCUUGCCAUGGAUGGCUCGAACAAGAAAUUGGAAAUUCGCAAUAGUACGCAGAAUGGAAUCAAUGUACCAGACGCUAGUAGGUUGCCCGUUUCAACAACAGAUGAUGUUAUCAGUUUGAUGAAUCUUGGUCAUAAGAAUCGUGCAGUGAGCUCUACCGCCAUGAAUGACCGCAGUAGUCGAUCUCACAGUUGCAUGACAGUCCAUGUGCAAGGUAAAGACCUAACAUCGGGAGCUGCUUUACGAGGUUGUAUGCAUCUCGUCGACCUUGCUGGAAGUGAAAGGGUCGACAAAUCGGAGGUCACAGGGGAUAGAUUGAAGGAAGCACAACAUAUUAACAAAUCUCUUGCUGCACUAGGAGAUGUGAUUGCUUCUCUUUCAACCAAGAAUGCACAUGUUCCUUACAGAAAUAGUAAACUUACACAAUUGCUCCAAGAUUCCCUUGGAGGACAAGCUAAAACAUUAAUGUUUGUUCACAUAAGCCCCGAGGCAGACGCCAUCGGAGAGACAAUCAGUACACUGAAAUUUGCUGAGCGUGUAUCGACCGUGGAGCUUGGUGCUGCUCGUGCAAACAAAGAGACUGGAGAUGUAAAAGACUUAAAAGAACAGAUUGCCAAUCUCAAGGCAGCUUUAGCCAAGAAGGAAGAAGAAUUUGAGUAUCUUUCCAAUUCAGUAACCAGCACUCCUGAAACAUUGAGUGUGAAAUCUGCCGCUUCUUCGCCAAUACAUCCAUCUUAUCGCGCUUCAAGAGAUCCCUUGAGUGGUCGGAAGAGUCCAGUGCAAGAUGCCAGUAACAACAAGAAGAAAAACAACUCAACAAAGCCACGAAGAAGAAGCUUGGAUCCGAAUGAUCUCCUCUCGAACACAGCACAUUGGCCUCCGUUGAGUGCCAACAAAGCCGAACAGAGGAAUUUGGCAGCGGCAGAUUGGAUGGACAAGAUCUUGAAGAAAAAUAAAGUAGAUAAAGGUAGGUCUAUAGAAAAUUUUGUGGAAGAAAAUAGCUUGGAAGCUGAUAAGAAGGAUUUCCAAGACGAUGAUUCCCAAUUCAACAUGUAUGAUCUAAUGACUCCAGAGAGUAUCGAUGAGUUCGAGAUAGCAACCAGUGACUCGUCUGAGCAGGAUUUUCAAGUUCAUCUUCCAAGAGUUGCAAGCUUACCAAAUGGUAUGGGAUCAAAGAUCAAGAAACCUACACAAGUUAAACCAUCGAAAAGCCCCGAAAAGAGGAGUUUGAUCCCUAUGCCACCAACGCGAAGAUUAUCGAAUGGAUCAAGUGGUGCACCCGCGAUCAAGAAUGGAAAGCAAGGUGUCCAUAUGAAAUGGAAGCCAGGAAGUACAAAGUAAACUGUAAUUCUAUUUUGCAAAUAUCAUGUUGAUGAUUGCUUGUCAUCCUCCAUUUUUAAGUAUUUUGUUUUUUUGAAAUAGUUAGAAGGAGGGAGGGUGAAUGAGUUGAGAAAGGCUUUUAUUUUUAUUUUAUUUUAUUUUAUUUUAUUUAUUUUUGAAAUGCAAAAUGGCAACUAAUUUUCAUAAUGGUGGUGAUGUUUAAAGUAUAUGCAGUCCCACCAAAAAUUAAUUGCCUUUUGAUGUCUAUAAGGGUGUUAUUUUGGUGAAUGAGGUUUGAUUGGUUAGAAAUUGAGUAAGGUAUAUAUAUUGUACACAUACAUGUACUAUUUGUAUCCUCUUAUGAGGAAAAUAUUUCAAAGAUAUGAAGAAAAGAAAGAUGAGAAAUG